UUACACGCCUAUUGGAGCGAUCGAAAAAUUUGGAGUGGUGGAGAAGAAAUUGGGGGUGGAAGAGAAAGAGGUGGAGCUGGGGAUGGCGGCGGCGGCUGUUGAGGAAGACGAAACAGUGAGGCUCGAACAGCAAUUGGUGUCCCAAGUUCUGGAAAUUGGGAUAAUCUUUCACUCUGUGAUCAUCGGGGCGACGAUGGGAAUGUCUCAGAACCAGUGCACCAAACGGCCGCUCGUGGCGGCGUUGGCAUUUCACCAGAUCUUAAUUUGAAGGGAUGGGCCUCGAUGGUUGCAUUACACAGAAUCCAAAGAAUGAUCACCAUGCAUGCAUUCAUACUGGAUGAUCAGUUGCUCAAGUGUGAGGCGACCAGAAGAUGGAAUAAUUGCAGCAGUAGUAGUGACAAAAUUGGAGCACAAACACAAGUCAUCAGCUAUCAUAGGCGCCAUGUUGGUGUUCAUGUUGAUUGGGAUGGGUUGAAUUGGGUGAAUAUAAUGGUACAUAUAUAUAGUUCAAUAACUAAAAAAAAAAGAAGGAAAAAUGCAUGUGUGUUGGUUGUGUGUAGAAUGAUGGUUGUAUUUAUAACCAUUUGUUUCAUGUAUGCGCUGGGUAUUGGUGUAUCCGGAAAUUUUAUUAGGACAGACAUGUACAUAGGGGCAUAGCUAGGGAAGGGUCAACCCUGACCCCGACACAACCCAUAUUCUUUGAAUCGAUCGAGUUCCGCCC